AUGUCGGGCCUUGAAGUGCUAGGCGCCAUCGCUACUGUCAUAUCUUUGAUCGACACCUCGGUCAAGAUAUACGACAGUGCAAAAAAAGAUAUUAAACUAUCCGAGACGUUUAAUACUGUCGGAAGACGGCUUCCAAUCAUCCUUGCCACGCUUGAGACAUGCAAAAGUAAUCUAGAGCCUGAAAAAAACGUCAUGGCCGACGAUGUUUGUCGCGCAUUGGAGAAAAUCCUGGCCUCCUGUCAUGAGAAGGCCAGAAAUCUGCGGGAUAUCUUUAAAAAUACCAUCCCAGGCGAGAAAGAUAUGUGGUAUAGACGAUAUGUCAAAGUUUUCGAGCGUCUCGGGAAAGGAAACAAGGUCGAAGAACUCAUGCUUGCCAUAACCCAAGAAGUCCAAAUCAUAGUCAACCAACAUGCUGUCAAUUCGGCCACGCCACAGCAGAAGACUGAGCUUGAACGUAUCGUCGAAGAGAUGAGGUCUCUCCCGUCAUCCAUUCUAGGGGAGGAAAGUGUAGCCACGAGCUUUGUUGCCUACGGAGGAACUAUGAAUGUACACACAGGAGAUGGGGAGCACAAAACUGUCACUGACCACGGGAGGAUGUAUAUUGGCACAAAUCAGACAUUCGUCACCAAUCACGAACAAUUGGCUGCCACAAGAAUGCCAGGGUCGGAGCUUAUCCAAGUUGGAGAAAUUUCCAGUGGUGCGUUGAAAUCUGCCACGAGUGUGCAUAAAGCCAUAGGCAACAAAGCACGCUUGAAACUUCUGUACGGUCCAUUUUACGAGUCCAUGCUGAGCUGGAAGAACAACGUCAUCAAGAUUCCCGACUUGCACAAGCUCCUUCAGGGACCAGUCGAACAUCCUGAUCGAGUCAAAGUUCUGAAUGGCGAGGAAAGACACCAUCCAGUUUCCCGGGAUCUGGACCGUUCCAGCGCAUGUUGGCUGAACCUCCUGACCGAGCUGGGAUGUAUCCAUUCAGAGUGGCGCUCGCAACAGGAACAUGAUCGCAGCUAUCGUUUUGCCUUGACCCAAAGUGGAUUGGUAAAAGAUGCCUAUCGCGUUCCAGAGUACCAACACUGGCUCAAAGCAACCCUCCUACAUUCCCUGACAGAUGUAAAUCAUGAACUUGUCGCCACAGACCGGGUAGUGGCCUUUCCAUUCACGAAUGAGGAAGUUGCUGUACUUUGCGGCAUCUUCGGUGCCGGCGUAGCCGGUUGCUAUUCGGACGGAAGCUAUCGCGCUCGACUGGGAAACACAACGCUGUUCAUACGCACCAACUUGAAUGGAAUUACCAUGGCUCACUUUGAGGGGAGGCUUCAUGCGACUCCGGAACAGUGGAAACAGUAUCGUCUCCAAGUGCUCGGUACUGAUGUCUCGCCACUGCAUGCAUUCAAGACAGCUCUCCUAGACAAGCCGCGGAAACGAUAUGUGAUUUUCAAAGUGAUAGAGCAUAUAGAGCUGGCCAUUCAUGAAACCAUUAAGAUGGUCGCAGGUGGCACGUUCAACCCACGGUUUCCUCUCGCGAUUGCCAAUCUGAAAGGGGAACUCCGUUUGAUUCUCGGAGCAAUCGGAGUGGCGUUAACUAUAUAUCCUAACGAAGCCGAAAAGGGAGAGAAGCUGUGGCUUUCAUUUCUCCAAGAUACGCAACGAAUGUCGUUCAAAGAAAAGAUAGAGCGCAUAGCCAUAGGACCGACUUCUAAGCUGACCCAGCGCAUAAACACGUUUUUGGGUGCACUAGGGGAAGACUGGGGGACAUUCAAGGUCAGAUUGAAGUUGUGUACGGUAGGUGAUAUUCUCUACAUCUUCAACGUAUAUGAUCUCCCUACAUAUGGACGACGUUACGCCCUCAUUUGCACCAUGACCCACCAGCUCCUGUAUGCAAUCUCUGAGUGGUCGACUGCUACGGUUGUGGCUCCGAGCAAAGACCGAGAAGUAUUUGAAGGGUGCAAUUUUGGUGAUCGGAUUUUCUUUGCUUGA